AUGGAGAAACUUCAGAGACAAUACUGGGGGGAUAACUUUAAAAAUCACAGGACUGCUCAACUUAUUUCUUGGGAUACAAUAAGAUUGCCUAAAGGACUAGGUAGUCUAGGCCUUAAGAAUUUAAACAACAAUAAUUUAGCUUUCUUAGCUAAAUUAGCCCGACAACUACUUCAUAAUCAAGAUGCAAUUUGGGAAAAGAUUUUGAAAGUUCCCUACUACUUCCCUUUCUUUCGUUUUUUUCUUGUCUCCGACUCUCCUCUCUCUGAGAAGGAGAAGAACUUCUUCUCUGUUAACAGUUGUUGCUCAAAUCUUUGUUUCUUCAUCAAGGUUGUUGCUUUCUUCAUCAAGGUUGUUUCAAUCUUCAUCAGAGGUAGAACUGUAGAAGACCUUCAAGUGGAUUUAUCUUCAGGGAAUCAGAUAAUGAACAAGAGAAGAAAUUCUAUAUUGUAUAUUUGGGUGAUUCACCAGUUUUUAAGGAUUCCAUUGUUGAUUCACAUAUCAAUCUUCUGCCAGAUGUUGUUGGAAGGUUCGAGAGGUGUUGUUUCGGUGUUUCCUAAUCAACAAAGAAAACUUCAUACAACAAAAACAUGGGAUUUCUUGGGAUUUCCUCAAAAUGUUAAAAGAAAAGCGAAACUGGAGAGCAACUUAGUUGCGGGCUUAAUAGAUACAGGGAUUACACCGGUAUCUGAGAGCUUUAAUGACAAAGGGUUUGGUCCUCCACCAGCUAAAUGGAAGGGAUCUUGCGGCCCUUAUGCCAAUUUUUCUUGCAACAACGUUACUUGGUCUUAUCAACACUUAUGA